UUUUAAUUUCCAUAAGAUAUCAAGAUAUAGAUUACGUAUGGUAAAAAUUUUCAACAGUUAAAGUAGAUUCAAUAUCAAAUAUUUACACAUAAAUGCAUAGAUUUUCAUUACUUUUCUGAUCUGCUUUUUACUAUCGAUCUUCUGAAAAGCUCUCUAAUGUUUGGAGGUAAAAAUUGCAUUUAGCUGCGGAACACAUGUUUUUAACGUGAUAACGGUAACUCUGAUUAUAUGGACUGACGUCUGAUAAAAUGCUUACAUCAAAGACAUUCAUCAAGAAAACCAAAACUGGGAAGAUUCUGAAGAUCGUGCGUGAACACUACUUACGCGAUGACAUAACUUGUGGCGCUGAGAGUUGUGAUCAAUGUGAUGGACCGUCCCCUUUGGAGGCUGAAGUUGACAGCCAGAGUGAGAUGUGGCCACAUGUACAUUUUAUCUGCCCGGACACGAAUGUCAUAUUGCACCAGAUAGAUGUUAUAGAAGAUCCCAGAAUAAGGAAUGUUAUCAUACUCCAAACCGUUCUACAAGAGGUUCGACACAGAAGCCUGCCAAUUUAUAGAAGAUUAAGAGAUGUCAUGUGUAAUCCAGAUAAACAUUUUUACAGCUUCUGUAAUGAGUUUAACAAGCAUACUUACGUAGAACGAGAACCCGGCGAGUCCUCUAACGACAGAAAUGACCGGGCCAUCAGAGAGGCUGCCAAGUGGUACAACCAGCAUUUACAAACAACUGCCCAGGGAAAGUUUCAAACCCUGCUGCUGACAAAUGAUGCAGACAACAGAAAGAAAGCAUUGGAAGAUGGACUGCAGAGUUUCACAAUACACCAGUAUGUGAGAAGUUUAAAAGAUGGAAAAGAUUUGGUGGACAGAUUGUCACUCGCUGGUUCUAAAGUGUUUUCAGGAGACAAGGUUCAGUAUCCUGAACACCUCCCCCUGUCCGUGAUCCAGAAAGGCCUAAAAGCAGGAAAGUUUCGCCAGGGAAAGUUUAUGGCUAGUCGAGAAAACUACACAGAAGCGAAUAUCAGUGUUUCCGAGGAAGAGAAAAUGGUAUUCAUACAAGGAUCUCAGAACUUGAACAGGGCAGUCCAUGAUGACAUUGUUGCUGUGGAAAUGUUGAAGGAGGAGGACUGGAGUUGUCCAUCUUCCAUGAUCCUGGUCCACACGGAAGAUAAGGAUGAUGCAGAUGAAGAAGAGAAUGAAGAGAAUAUGAAGAAGCCUAAGAAGGUUCCAAAGGAGUUACGUCAGCCUACAGGUCGAGUUGUGGGAAUCAUCAAAAGGAACUGGCGGCAAUAUUGUGGCAUGUUACAGCCCUCGUUAUUAAAAGACGGCAUAAGACAUCUGGUUGUCACUGCCGACAAAAGAAUUCCAAAAAUCCGAAUAGAGACCAGGCAAGCUGCUGAUCUGACUGGUCAGAGAAUUGUGGUGGCUAUUGACAGCUGGCCAAGGACGUCUAGAUACCCCCAGGGACAUUUUGUCAGGAAGUUAGGCAAUGUUGGAGAUAAAGAGACAGAGAAUGAAGUCCUGUUGUUGGAGCAUGAUAUCCCCCACGCUGGAUUCUCAGAGGCAGUCCUCAACUGUUUGCCCAAACUCCCGUGGGAAAUCACAAAGGAGGACAUGGAACGUCGUGUGGAUUUCCGAGACAUAAACAUCUGUAGCGUAGACCCUCCUGGCUGUACCGAUAUUGAUGAUGCCUUACACUGUAGAGACCUGCCUAAUGGAAACUUAGAGGUUGGUGUUCACAUAGCAGACGUAUCUCACUUCAUCCGACCCGGGACAGCUAUCGAUAAGGAGGCGGAGCGACGAGGAACAACUGUCUACCUCACUGACAAGAGAAUAGAUAUGGUACCAGAACUGCUCAGUUCCAACCUGUGUUCACUAAGAUCUAAUGUAGAGAGGUUUGCCUUCUCUGUUGUUUGGGAAAUGACCAAUGAUGCUGACAUUGUAAAUACGAAAUAUGCCAAGAGUGUCAUCAAAUCUAAGGCAGCAUUGACAUAUGCAGAGGCCCAGAUGAGAAUUGAUGACCCGAAAAUGUCUGACCCGAUCACAAAAAGUCUGCGAAAUCUUAACAAGCUGGCUAAGAUCCUAAAGCAAAAGAGAAUUGACAAAGGUGCGUUGUCGCUUGCCUCCUCUGAGGUGAGGUUCCACAUUGACAGUGAGACUCAUGAUCCUAUUGAUGUAGAAACCAAACAAAUCAGGGAGACCAACUCUAUGGUGGAGGAGUUCAUGUUGCUGGCUAAUGUCGCCACGGCGCAGAAAACCCUGAAGGAAUUCCCAGACUGUUCCUGUCUAAGGAGACAUCCCUGUCCCCCUCCAUCAAACUUCGACCCCCUCAUAAAGGCUGCUCAGUCAAAGGGUUUCAAAAUUGACGUAUCCAGUGGGAAAGCUUUAGCUGACAGCCUGGAAAGAGCAGUUCUACCCAACGACCCAUAUUUUAACGUGAUGCUGAGGAUUAUGACCACUCGGUGCAUGACCCAGGCCGUGUACUUCUGUAGUGGAAUGCUUCCCGCCCCCGAAUAUCUCCACUACGGUUUGGCAGCAGAAAUUUACACCCACUUCACCUCACCAAUCAGGAGGUAUUCUGACAUCAUAGUCCAUCGUCUGUUGGCCGUCUGUAUCGGAGCCGAUGCCUCCUACCCAGAAUUAACAGACAAGUAUAAAACACAGGCAGUGUGUAAUAAUCUGAAUUUCCGACACAAAAUGGCGCAGUAUGCUGGACGGGCGUCUGUCAACCUUCACACACAUAUAUUCUUCAAGAACAGACAUGUGGACAAUGAGGGCUAUGUUUUGUUUGUUCGUAAGAAUGCGAUACAAAUCCUGAUUCCUAAGUACGGGCUGGAAGCCACACUCUAUCUCGAUUCCAAGGCCGUAACUUUCGAAUAUAACGAAGAGGAGCAAACCCAGACCUGUGGGGAUGUUGUGUUCAGGGUGUUUGGUCGAGUUAUUGUCCAGCUGACCAUUGACCAAUCCAACGUACAGCACCUCAAGUUACAGACCAGACUUGUGGAUCCGAAGAUUGAGGGCUUCAGUGUUCCGCCAGCUUCCGAGUCUAGUGAAGAACCUCCAUUAAAAAAGAUGAGAACCUGAAGGACAGGAAGACACAGCAGCCUCGGCAACACAUAACAACAGCCUCAGCAACACAUAACAACAGCCUCGGCAACACAUAACAACAGCCUCGGAAGCACUGAACAACAGCCUCUUUUCCAAUUGUGCAAUUAUCUAACUGAUUCUGUUGAUUAAAGAUAUAUUUUACACAAUUAAAUAUUGCGAUAUCUUA